GUGUUCAGUGAAGCAGCAAUGCGUCACAAUAUCGGUGUAUUGGAAUAUUCGAGAACAUGUCAGGCUGCGGCAACUGGCAUGGCUAGCGGAAUUCUUGGUCUUACUGGUAUUCCGGGGUUCGUCUUCUAUUUUGUUCUCGUCUUCAUUCAGGCAUUAAUUUGGGAACUGAAAUCAGGAUUCGAAUGGCACAGCUAUUUUAUCAGUCGGAGCCUUUCGAUAACACAUUCGUUGAUAUCUGGUCUCUUUACGUAUAUUCUUUUUUGGGUAUUCCUCUAUGGAAUGGUUCAUGUUUAUUGA